CAACACAUCGAGCAAGACGUCGUCACGCCUCUGGCGGAGAGUUCUUUGCCGGUACUUAAAAGGACCGCCGACUGGAGCUCCAAGGAGUGACUUUAUCGAAGACAGCUACAGUGUCGUCAUUUGCUGGACGAAAUGGCUGUUUUCUCUUCUGGCGGGCGUCGUGCACCGUGUGUGUUUCUCUUCUUCAUCUGUAUUGCGGCAUACACUACUGGUCCGGCGCAAGCACUGAGGGUAAUCGAAUUGAAGGUUCCCGAGUCACCGACUCGUGGAUCCACUGUGACGCUCAAAUGCCGCUACGACCUGGAGAGGGAUCAGCUCUACAGCGUCAAGUGGUAUAAAGAUGGCAUCGAGUUUCUCCGAUAUCUGCCCAAUGAUAGGCCGAGGAUACAGGCGUUCAGAAUCAAAGGACUCAACGUGAACGUUGCAAGCAGUAACAACACUACAGUAGUGCUUGACAAGGUACAGCACUCUGCCUCGGGAACAUACAGAUGCGAAGUAUCAGCCGAAGCACCGACAUUCGAUCAGGACGCGGUGGAAAAGAUGCUGGUUGUCACAGAAACGCCUUUGUCCAUAGACCAGCCACCAAUCGGAAUCCUCGGCGGUUCCGUGCGUCUCAACUGUGCGCACAACUUCGGUAGCUUGCCCCUGUACAGUUUCAAGUGGUUCAAGGACGACAAGGUAUUCUACAACUUUAUUCCUCGCAACAGGCCACCAGGAGAAAUGUUCAGCGUGCAAGGAGUGACUCUCGAUAUGCUGCAGAGCAACUAUUCGUCACUGUUCCUGAAGAACCUGAGUGCUCUGAGUGCAGGCGCUUACCGCUGCGAGGCCAGCUCCGACGCUCCACCUUUUCUCACAGUACAGGACGAGAAAAUGCUCGCGGUGUUCGAACAACGUGACAUGAGACCACACAUCACGUACGACAGGGAGACCUACCAGGUGGGAGACAACGUGCUCCUCAACUGCACGUCCAGCCGGUCUAGGCCGGCUCCCAAGCUCGCGGUGUACGUGAACGACCGCCUCUUGAUCGACGCCGACGUUAGGACUAAAGUCGACACGCACCCGGACGGCUUCCAGACGACCACGCUCGCUGCGACCAUCCCGGUCAGACAACACGACGUAAGCAGAGCUUCCCUGCGUGUGAAAUGUCAGGCCAGCUUCGUGGGCCUGUACGAAGCGGUGGGCGAGAUGUCCAUUCCGGUUGGCCAGCAUACGGGAGACCACAGGGCGCCUUACCAGCACCAGCGUCCGCACCAUAGCCAGCCGCCACAGCGACCGCCAUACCUCGGUUCCAUCUCGUCGACGCAAGACGAGUGUCUAACCAAGGCUAUGGAGAUCCUGGCAAGGGCAUGGGCAGCCUACCACUGAAGAGAAUUGCACGCCGAGCUAUAGAUGUUUAACGUUUAUUCGCACUCGCCGACGCGCGAAAUAUUUUAAAAUACAUUUACAAAUACCUCUGAACAUGUACAAUAAAGCUGUAGGAA